AUGUGUCGUUCAUUAUUUACUUCCUUCUUGCUGCUGGCCAGCGCGUCUGCUGCGGCAAUACAGUCCAACUGGACAGCGCCGGCCGAUGUUUCUACGAAGGUUGCUGCUGAUGCUUCAUCUUUCUGGUUAGAAGAUAUUAAGCAUCAGGGACUUGCAGCCUUCAAUUCCGAUCCUUCUAGCUAUGUAGUGUUCCGAAACGUCAUGGACUAUGGCGCAAAGGGUGACGGCUCCACGGAUGACACAGCUGCUAUCAAUGCUGCCAUCAGCGACGGUAACCGGAACGGGCCCGAUAGUCGCGAGUCCUCCACAACCACCCCAGCAAUUGUCUACUUCCCUGCCGGGACAUACGUCGUAUCUACAUCAAUCAUUGAUUAUUACUUCACUCAGCUCAUCGGAAAUCCAAACGAUCUUCCCGUCAUCAAAGCAACGUCGGGCUUUACAGGACUAGGUGUCAUCGAUGGUGACCAGUACCAGAGUGACGGUAACCAGGGCUGGACCUCCACAAAUGUAUUCUACAGGCAGAUCAGGAACCUGAUUAUCGAUCUUACUGAUAUUCCCGGUACUACGGCGGCGACUGGCAUCCAUUGGCCGACGGGUCAAGCGACGAGCAUCCAGAAUGUGGAAAUCCGCCAGAGUGCUGAUGCUGGAACGCAGCACCAAGGUAUCUUUAUUGAAAAUGGCUCCGGAGGUUGGUUGAGCGAUGUCACCAUCACUGGUGGUCUGUAUGGAGCCAACAUUGGCAAUCAACAAUAUACUAUGCGCAACUUGACGAUCUCCAAUGCUGUGACCGGUAUUUCUCAAAUCUGGAACUGGGGCUGGACGUAUCAGGGUCUCUCGAUUAGCAACUGUACCACAGCCUUUUCCAUGAACGCUGGAGGAACCAGUGACCAGGCUGUGGGAUCGGUGAACAUCAUUGACAGUACCAUUAGCGACUGUUCAGUUUUUGUCACAACUGCCUGGACCACAAGUGGCUCGCCCGCCUCCGGAGGUACUCUGAUGCUUGAGAACAUCAACCUGUCGAAUACUCCAGUAGCUGUCAACAGCACCAGUGGUACAGUCCUAGAAGGAGGAACCACAACAAUUGCCAGCUGGGGAGAAGGCCACAAAUACACUCCCUCGGGACCGAACACGUUCCAGGGUACUUACUCUGCGCCUACACGGGCGAGUGCUCUUCUGGCGAGUGGCUCAUCGGCUUACUACACCAAGAGCAAGCCUCAGUAUGAAGCGUCUCCCACUUCUUCUUUCGUUAGCAUCCGAACCGCUGGAGCUAAGGGAGAUGGUUCUACUGAUGAUACUUCUGCUAUCAACUCCGCACUCACUUCGGCAGCUUCCUCUGGUUCCAUUGUCUUCUUUGAUCAGGGAACAUACAAGGUCACUAACACCAUCUACAUCCCGCCCGGCUCUCGCAUUGUCGGCGAGUCAUAUCCUGUGAUCAUGGCCAGCGGAGAUACCUUCUCGGACAAGACCUCCCCUGUAGCCGUAGUCCAGGUUGGCAAGUCUGGUGAUUCAGGAAGUGUCGAAUGGUCCGAUAUGAUCGUCAGUACCGAAGGCUCUGCUGCUGGUGCUGUCCUUAUCGAAUGGAACCUCAACGCGGACUCGGGAUCCGGAAUGUGGGAUGUGCAUACUCGCAUUGGAGGCUUCGCUGGAUCCAAUUUGCAGGUCGCCCAGUGCCCGACCUCCGCAGCUGAAUCUUCGACAUGCGAGGCAGCCUACAUGUCGAUGCACAUCACCAGCGCCGCCCGUAACGCCUACUUGGAAAAUGUCUGGCUCUGGACGGCAGAUCACGAUCUGGAUUCUAGCGACAAUACCCAAAUCUCCGUCUACACGGGCCGUGGACUUCUCAUCGAGGGCCAGAAUGCUUGGCUUUACGGCACUGCAGUCGAGCACCACUCUCUUUACCAAUACCAAUUCUCCGGCGCGAAAGAUAUAGUAGCGGGCUUCAUCCAGACUGAGACUCCAUACUACCAACCCAACCCCGACGCAAAGAGCAGCCCCUACCCAACCAACAGCACAAUCAACGACCCAGACUACACCACCAUCUGCGCCACCGGCAGUGGGAACUGCGACGCUCUCGGCCUCCGCGUUCUCAACAGCCAAGACAUCACCAUCAUCGGCGCAGGCCUCUAUAGCUUCUUCGACUCUUACUCGACCACAUGCUCCGACCAAGACCAGACUACUAAAUGCCAGAGCCUCAUCUCCAGCAUCGAGGGCGACAGCACUAGUAAUCUGUACAUCUACUCAUUGACCACGGUUGGUUCCACAGAUAUGAUCGUCACGGAUGGUACCGUCGUCGCGACUUAUAGUGAUAAUGUCGAUACGUUUGGUAGUACGCUUGCGUACUUCACGUAUAGUACUGGUAGCUAG